AGUUUUUCCAGGAGACUACAACCGUCUGCUGCCACUUUCUUCAUUUUUCAAACCCACUCCUCCAAAAUAUAUCACCAACCAAAAGGAAGCCCAACUGUCUUGCCCUCUUCCCUCUGUUGCUCUCAACUCUUAUUCCCCACACAAAGGAUGAUACCAUGUUCGAGUUCUAUCUAAUCCUGCUGAAUCAUGAAUCUGAAACUCAAGCUUUUGGUUUUUAGUGGCCGCACUCUUGAAGCUAGAAGAACCCAAUAGGCUUUGAAGCAUGUUUGACAUCUUUUUUGGUUGGCGAAAAGCCUCAAAAUGUAAAAAGCUGAUCAAGCGCGUUCAGUGCCGUCUGAAACUGCUAAAGAACAAAAGAUAUACAAUUGUGAGACAGCUGCGGGAGGACCUGGCUCAGCUCAUCAAACUUGGCUAUGAAGAAAGUGCCUUUAACCGGGCGGAGCAGCUGUUUAAAGAUGAGAGCAUAGUGGCAGUGUAUGAUAUGCUGGAUAAUUUUUGUGAAUUCGUCGACAUUCAACUAUCGUAUAUCCGCAGGAACAGGGACUGCCCUAAUGAUAUCAACGAAGCAGUUUCAAGUCUGAUAUUUGCCUCUGCAAGAUGUGCGGAUCUUCCUGAGCUUCCUGCGAUUCGGAAGCUCUUUGGGGAGCGUUAUGGUCAGAGGUUCGCAACAACUGCCGUUGAAUUACUUCCUGGGAAUCUUGUCAACCGUGAGAUAAAAGAAAAGCUCUCCAUAAAGUCAGUUUCAGAUGAUGUGAAGUGCAGGUUAAUUGAUGAAAUUGCUCAAGAUUAUGGCCUGCAGCCAGAAAUUUUGGCACUUGAAUUCAUUCCCGAAAUACAACAGCAGCUAAAAGAAAUUAGUCGACAUCAAGAACUGGACACAAAUAAUAGCAAUUGCGACGGAUCCCAAAUGCAGACUUCAGAUGCUAAUGAGAUAGAAGGAAAAUUUAUACAAGUUGAUCCAUUGGCAAUGAGUGACAGUCGCUUGAUCAGGCAAAGUCAGUCUUACUCCUACCCAAAUUCUGAUGCAAUUUGUACUCCCCUUGAUUCCUCUAAACAACCUUCACCAGAUAAGAUGGAGUCACCAGUUCAGAUAAAAGCAGAGAAAGUAGAGAAUUUUCCCCAAACGGAUUCUCCCUUUGAAUUGACAGUUGAUACUACAGGUGUUGGAAAAAGCCAGAGAAUCGGCUGGAUUUGUACAACCACUUUGAAACAUAGGGAUGAAAGAAAAGCACCAUCUUCCUCAGAAAGUUUGCCUCAGUUUCCUGAAGAAGCGGUUGUUUAUCUUGAUGACAUAGAGGAGCUACAAUCUUCAACGAAAAAAGGAGACUGCCAGGAUCAGAGACUAUUCAAGUUCAAGUCCCCCCUCCUGCCUAUGCGAGGACCUGUCACGGAUGGUUAUGACGUUUGUGAUGAAAGUUAUGUGGAUCAUGAUGAACCACAGGAUGAAAAGCCAAGCUCAAGGACCUUUAGUAAGAGAAGAAAUUCAUAUGAAAAAAGAUCCCGGCGGAGGUCAUUGUCUCUUGAAAGUUCAAGCAUGCAGGAUACUGACCAUGAGACUUAUUAUGAGAAGCCGUGCAAGACGUCUCCAAGUCACAAGCAUAAAUCUAACCACUACAGAAAGCUUCAGAAGAAGACAACAAUUGCAGAAUGUGAACAAUCAACUUAUGUGCUCAAGAGACUGAAGCAACCUUGCUGCAAAUAUAAUACUAUGACAUCAUGCUGCAAUUGCCGCUUCAACAGUGAAGUAAAUAUCUGCAGCCAGGAUUAUCCUUUUUACUUAUGUCCUGGUGAUGACAGGGAAGAACAGUUUCCUCCAAGGAAUCAAAGGAGAGGGCUCAGAAAUUCAGGACAAUUUCCAAUUUGUGAUACGGAAGAAAACUUGGAUGACCAGUUUUGCCAUUGCCAAUGUUCUGGUAUCGGAGGAUACAAGAACGAAACUGGAUGUACCAAAAUGGAAGAGAUGACUCUUACACAGAAUCUCAGGAGAAGAAGCUACGACAACAGUGCAAGUGUGUAUGAAGUUUUCACCCUGCCCAAAAUGGAAAAGGAGAAAACCUUAGGGAAAACGAAGGGAUGUGACUCCCCCGGUAGCCUUGUUCCUUCUAACAGUUCCUUGCCUAGUGUGGUCAGUUCCCAGACAAGAAAAGAAAGAGUUCCUCCCUAUCUGAGGGCCAUGACAAUGCCCCAAGAAAGGCCUAGAGAGAGUCUCAGGUACAGCAUUCUGCGUUCCAAUUCAUUGUCCUUUCAAAACCCUAAUCACGUUCAUCCUAAGCUACCAGAUUAUGAUGACUUAGCAGCUAAAUUUAUCGCUCUCAAGAAGGAGCGCCUGCUGUAGAAGCAGUGCUGAGGAAAGACAACGGGAGUACUGGCAUGCGCGGCGCACAAGACCGGUUCUAUUUUACUCCUAAUAUCUCUUGACUUCUUUUUUUUUUUUUGUUUUUUUAUCCUGUUAUAAGAUAUGAUCAUAUGAAAAAUUAUUUGUUUUAUUUAGAGCCAGGAAAUAGUUAUUUGUUCUUAGGCUAGCUUCCAAUUGCUGAAAACGAAGCUAAUAAUGUCAAAUUUUUGUGGAUUUAUCAGAGGAUUACUUUCUAUCUAUACUGAAUAUA